UCUGAGCCGGCCUCCGGGCCGUCUGUCCCCACUGGCUGGGCCAUGCCGAGUCGCCGCGUCGCUAGACCUCCCGCUGCGCCGGAGCUGGGGGCCUUGGGGUCUGCUGACCUCUCUUCGCUCUCGCUCACCGUUUCCAGGACCACGGAUGAACUGGAGAUCAUCGACGAGUACAUCAAGGAGAACGGCUUCGGACUGGAGGGCGCGCAGGCGGGCCCGGGCGAGGGGCUGCCACGCCUGGUGCCUCGCGGGACGGCCUCCCUGAGCACCGUCACCCGGCACCUGGUCAUCACCGAGCAGCCCAAGCAGCGCGGCAUGCGCUUCCGCUACAAGUGCGAGGGCCGCUCUGCCGGCAGCAUCCUGGGCGAGAGCAGCACCGAGGCCAGCAAGACGCUGCCCGCCAUCGAGCUCCGGGAUUGCGGAGGGCUGCGGGAGGUGGAGGUGACCGCGUGCCUGGUGUGGAAGGACUGGCCUCACCGAGUCCACCCGCACAGCCUCGUGGGGAAAGACUGCACAGAUGGUGUCUGCAGGGUGCGGCUCCGGCCUCACGUCAGUGCCCGGCACAGCUUUAACAACCUGGGCAUCCAGUGUGUACGGAAGAAGGAGAUCGAGGCUGCCAUCGAACGGAAGAUUCAGCUGGGCAUCGACCCCUACAAUGCCGGCUCCCUGAAGAACCAUCAGGAGGUGGACAUGAAUGUGGUCAGGAUCUGCUUCCAAGCUUCAUAUCGGGACCAGCAGGGACAGAUGCGCCGGAUGGACCCCGUGCUCUCCGAGCCCGUCUAUGACAAGAAGUCCACCAACACGUCAGAGCUGCGAAUCUGCAGAAUCAACAAGGAGAGUGGGCCGUGCACGGGCGGUGAGGAGCUCUACUUGCUGUGCGACAAGGUGCAGAAAGAGGACAUAUCAGUGGUGUUCAGCACGACCUCCUGGGAAGGCCGGGCUGACUUCUCCCAGGCCGACGUGCACCGCCAGAUUGCCAUCGUGUUCAAGACGCCGCCCUACGAGGACCUGGAGAUCGUCGAGCCUGUGACAGUCAACAUCUUCCUGCAGCGGCUCACUGACGGCGUCUGCAGCGAGCCACUGCCCUUCACAUACCUGCCUCGGGACCAUGACAGCUACGGAGUGGACAAGAAGCGGAAGCGUGGGAUGCCUGAUGUCCUUGGGGAGCUGAGCAGUUCUGACCCCCAUGGCAUCGAGAGCAAACGGCGGAAGAAAAAGCCAGCCUUCCUGGACCACUUCCUGCCCAGCCAUGGCUCAGGCCCGUUCCUCCCACCGUCAGCCCUGCUGCCAGAUACGGACUUCUUCCCUGGCACCGUGUCCCUGCUGGGCCUGGAGCCUCCCGGCGCGUCUGACCUCUUGGACAACGGAUUUGCCUACGACCCCACGACCCCCAUGCUCUUAACUAUGCUAGACCUGCCCCCAGCGCCACCACUUGCUAGCGCUGUCGUGGGCAAUGGGGGUGCAGGGGCCAUGUCUGGGGAGCCGCCUGGACCCGAGCCGCUGACGCUGGACUCUUACCAGACCCCGAACCCCGGAGAUGAAGGCACCGCCAGCCUCGUGGGCAGCAACAUGUUCCCCAACCAGUACCGCGAGGCGGCCUUCGGGGGUGGCCUCCUGUCCCCGGGGCCUGAAGCCACGUAGCCCUCUGGACACUGGAGGAGAGAAGCUGGGUGGGGAGGAUGCAGGAGCCAUGGGAACCCACCAGGAUGUCCAGCGCCCCCACUCCCUUGGGCCGCCCUCCGUCUUUCGACCUCCUCAUCCUUCCCUCCUCAUCCUUCCAAAUUGGACAGUCUUCCACGCAGCGAGAAGCUUCGAAGCACGAGUUUCUCCAUGAGCCCAUCUUACAGAUGAGAAAACUGAGUCGGGAGAGGAAAAGCACGGCUCCCGUGCACCAGCUGAUUAAGCUGCCUCAGCCCCCGCGCGGGGCACCUCCAGCCAGAUUCUUAAAGAUUGUACAUAUGGGCGGAGGGCGCAGACCCCCGCCCCUCCGCCCUCCGGCCCCAGACCUGACAGGCGAGGGGUAGAUUGUUCACUCCGCCAAUAAAGAUGAGUUUUUGCGCCUUG